AUUGCACCAUCAGCGUUGUCGAGUUGUGGACAUGGGUGAAAGUAGCACGGUCCCCAGUAGGGAGAAACCGCACACGUGCGCUGUGUGUGGACAAGAUUUCAGCCGAUCAUCUGGCCUGUUAAGACACAAAUGCGGUUGCAGUGGAGAGAAGCAGUGUAAAUGUGGGGACUGUGGGAAGGGAUUCACUUACCCGUCGGAGUUGGAAACUCAUCGACGUUGUCACAAUGGGGAGAGGCCAUUCACCUGCAUUGAAUGUGGGAAAGGAUUCACCCGGACAUCUGAACUGCUAAGACAUCAACGCGUUCACACUGAUGAGAGACCUUUUAAGUGCUCAGACUGUGGGAAGUGUUACAAAACCUCUGGGGAACUGAUAUCCCAUCAAUUUGUUCACACUGAUGAGACCCCAUUCAAAUGUUCUCAGUGUGGGACUGGGUUCAGAAAACUGGAUUAUCUGACUCGACACCAGCGCAUUCACGGAGACCGGCCGUUCACCUGCCCUGAAUGUGGCAGGGGAUUCACCAACACAUCCCGCUUGCUGAUACACCAGCGAGUCCACACAGGGGAGAGACCAUUCACCUGCUCUGAGUGUGGGAAGGGUUUCACUCAGUCUUCUCACUUACUGGAGCACUGUCGAGUUCACACUGAUGACAGACCUUUUAAAUGUCCAGACUGUGGCAAAUGCUUUAAGAGUUCAGGGGAAUUGAUAUCCCAUCAACGUAUUCACACGGACGAAAGACCGUUCAGGUGCUCUCACUGUGGGGCUGGCUUCAGGCAAUCAUCUCAACUCACUGCGCACCAGCGCGUUCACACCGGGGAGAGGCCGUACAGCUGUUCCAAGUGCGGAAGGGGAUUCACUCACUCAUCCCACCUGCUGACACACGAGCGCGUUCACACUGGGGAGAAACCAUUCGCCUGUUCUGUGUGCGGAAAGCGAUUCAGUCACUCAUCCACCCUGCUAACGCACCAGCGCGUACACACUGGGGAGAGGCCAUUCACCUGCACCAAGUGCGGGAUUGGAUUCACUCAGUUGUCUGCCCUGCAGACACACCAACGGGUUCACAGCGGCGAGAGACCUUUCAAGUGCCCAGAUUGUGGGAAGUGCUACAAAAGUUCCCAAGGACUGAUGUCUCAUCGGAGCGUUCACACUGGGGAGUGGCCCUUCACCUGCUCCGAGUGUGGAAAGGGAUUCAGUCAGUUUUCUGGCCUGGUAACACACCAGCAAGUUCACACUGGGGAAAGACCAUUCACCUGCACCGUAUGUGGAAAGGGAUUCACCCGAUCAUCCAACCUACUGAGGCACCGGGGCAUUCACAAGUCACUGCAGUGAUUGGGCUUUUAAGGUGAAUUUGGGACCAAACCGUGUACGCCUCAGUCUGUGUCUGCACAAGUGGAUAUCCUCCAGUUCAGUAAUAGAUAUUAAUACCCUAGACAAAAACAAAAUAAAUCAGUUAGGUGUUCAACACGAUUUUUGUCAGUUCUCUAUACCUCUCACACAAGUUAGUACUUCUUAAAGUGCUCUCCCUUUGUCCUGUCUUUCCAUCCUGGCCUCGAGCAAUAAGUGUGAGAAGCUCAUGGAGCAUCUUUCUCACUAAUACUUCGAUUGUCUGAUCAGCUGCUUUUGCUGCUUCGCUCCCUUCCAGUAGCCCAUUGAGCGAAACUAUCUACAAUGCUGCUCCUAGUUCAAGUGCUGAGCCUGCAUCUUCCUGUGUUGGGCUUAACUUUAAAUAAAACGUUCACUGCUCCUGCCCGUUUCAUAUCACUCAGCCGAUUGUGUCUCCAUGUUGCUGCUGUCACUUUAUUCCAUGAACUCCAUUACUGCUCACAAGUCUACUGUGUGGCAUUUUAUUAAAUGCUUUCUGGAAGUCCAUAUAACACUAUGAUCAUCAUUUACCCUUUCCUUUACCUCAAGCAAAACAGUAAGUAGAUUAGUUGUACCUGAUUUUUUUCCCUUAAAUCUGUGUUUUCUUUAAUUAAUCCUCUCUUUCAACAUUUAUAUUUGUUGGUCCAAAAAUGAAAAUUUUGAGAAGCUUCCAAGCCAGCAGGAUUAAACUGAAUGGCAUAGAACAUAGAACAAUACAGCGCAGAACAGGCCCUUCGGCCCUCGAAGUUGCACCGACCUGUGAACUAAUCUAAGCCCAUCCCCCUACACUAUCCCAUCAUCAUCCAUAUGCUUAUCCAAGGUCUGUUUAAAUGCUCCUAAUGUGGCUGAGUUAACUACAUUGGCAGGCAGGGCAUUCCACGCCCUUACCACUCUCUGAGUAAAGAACCUGCCUCUGACAUCUGUCUUAAAUCUAUCACCCCUCAAUUUGUAGCUAUGCCCCCUUGUACAAGCUGAAGUCAUCAUCCUUGGAAAAAGACUUUCACUCUCUACCCUAUCUAAUCAUCUGAUCAUCUUGUAUGUCUCUAUUAAAUCCCCUCUUAGCCUCCUUCUCUCCAAUGAGAACAGACCCAAGUCCCUCAGCCUCUCUUCAUACGGCCUGCUCUCCAGACCAGGCAACAUCCUGGUAAAGGUGAUAAUGGGAACUGCAGAUGCUGGAGAAUCCAAGAUAAUGAAAUGUGAGG